AUGGCUUCCAGUCAAGAAAUUCGGCGUCGUUCCUCGGCUGCUGACCGCACGCCUUACGACAAUCCCAAUCCUCUCUCGCCCCCCGCCGCCAUGGCCAUAUCCACAACCUUUUCCCCUACCCCUGAGACUGCGCUGGCGCAGGCCAAGGACGACGAAAUUUCACGACAGCAACAAAAAAACGGGACAAUUGGCGUGGAAAUAGCUGAUGCAGAGUCCAUGCCGCCGCCUCCACGGCCUUUUCGCGAAUUACCUCCCAGCCGACGAUAUACACACGCCCGCGCGCACUCGGUGGCCUCGCCCACGCCUCGACAAGCCAACAGGCUCUCACUAACACUUCCAAUCGCACCCGCGUCCAGGGGCGAGUCUGUUCGUCCGCUCACAUCCGCAGGACCGCCCGUAACGCUCUCGUCAAAGCCGCCUACGCCAGCGCAGACCCCUGAGCUGCCCGCUCUCGAAGAUGCCAACGAUUUUAUAAUAGCAAUCGCCGCCCAAGAGAGAAGGGUACUGGAGCUCCGCGAAGAGCUCGCACGUGCCGAGGCCAACCUCACCUCCCUCAAGGCCCAAUGGACCUCCAAGGAGUCCAUGCAGAAGAGGUCUGCCGAGAUUCAAUCACAAGCGCUGGCUUCGCCCCAGCGUUGCCAAAUCCCGGAUGUUAUGACGUCGCCUACCAGGCAGAGCAUGGAUCUGGAUCGCAGGAAACUCUGGCUGCAAUCCCAGCAAAACUCUCCCGCGACCCCGACACAGAGCCGCAGAAAGGUCAUGCGAGGAGGUCACGCACGCACACUGUCGCUGUUAUCGCCGGCUAGGUCUGACGCGGAAUUCAAUCUUCAUGAAGACAAGGCCGGCAUUGAUAGCGCCAUGGCUCAGCCUCUGCAUGAGAGGAUGGUAGCACCACCAGGGCAACACCCCACACUGUCCAAGCGGGCGACAUGGCAACCACGCAGCCAAACGCAGCCAUCAGGUGUCUUCCCACUGGUCGAGGACUUUAAGCUCGGCCUGCGUGCCUUUGUGGAGGACAUCCGACAAAUCACGGUUGGGGACGAACCCAUCAACGGACCACCACCAGCUGCGCGUCGUCGCUCUGUUCCGCCGCGCGCGACAACGUCCAGCCACGCGGCACGCGACCACGACGCCACACCCACUGGACUCGGCCGCAAACCCUCCACAAAAUCCAGGGUCAGUUCGUCAUUGGACGCCGCCAAGCAAGGGCCCAAAGCCGACGGUGCCAUCGCAAUACCGGAAAGAACCAAGACGAACGGCAAGGGCAAGCAAUUUUCUUGGACACCACUAGGGUUUGACACGCUCGAGGACAAUGACUGGGCCAACUGGGACUCGCCUUCGUCAGUCAAGUCGAGCCGGUGGAGCGGCUCCACGGUUCACAACGGCGGCUUGGACGAGAUUGAGUCGAUCCCGGAAAAGGCGGAGGGGCCGGCCACGACGCCGCUGAAGACGAAGCGCGCGUCGCAGGAUACCGUGCUGCGCAACACCAAGCUUGACGAGCUACUGCCGAGCAUGGUGAAUCGCCUGUCGCCGAGCAACCUCAAGCGCACCGCCAACCACCUCAUGGACGAGUGGGAAAGGUCGCUGACCGCACCCGAGGUCCGCGACAAGGAGAACAGUGUAUGA